GGUGCACGUCAGCGGCGGCGCGCGCCUGGCUGGGCCCUGCGGAGCGGGAGGGAAAGAGCCACGGAGCGAGCGGAGCGGCUGUCGCCGAAGCCGAGACCUCCAGCCCGCCGCCCGUCUGCGCUCCAGUCCGCCGUGCUAGCAGCGGGGCCCAGCAUGGUCAUGGCGGAUGGCCCGAGGCACUUGCAGCGAGGGCCGGUCCGGGUGGGGUUCUACGACAUCGAGGGCACGCUGGGCAAGGGCAACUUCGCCGUGGUGAAGCUGGGGCGGCACCGGAUCACCAAAACGGAGGUGGCGAUAAAAAUAAUAGAUAAAUCUCAGCUGGAUGCAGUGAACCUUGAGAAAAUCUACCGAGAAGUACAAAUAAUGAAAAUGUUAGACCACCCUCACAUAAUCAAACUUUAUCAGGUAAUGGAGACCAAAAAUAUGUUGUACCUUGUGACAGAAUAUGCCAAAAAUGGAGAAAUUUUUGAUUAUCUUGCUAAUCAUGGCCGGUUAAAUGAGUCUGAGGCCAGGCGUAAAUUCUGGCAAAUCCUGUCUGCUGUUGAUUAUUGUCAUGGUCGGAAGAUUGUACACCGUGACCUCAAGGCUGAAAAUCUCCUGCUGGAUAACAACAUGAAUAUCAAAAUAGCAGAUUUCGGUUUUGGAAAUUUCUUUAAAAGUGGUGAACUGCUGGCAACAUGGUGUGGCAGCCCCCCUUAUGCAGCCCCAGAAGUCUUUGAAGGGCAGCAGUAUGAAGGACCACAGCUGGAUAUUUGGAGCAUGGGAGUUGUUCUUUAUGUCCUUGUCUGUGGAGCUCUGCCUUUUGAUGGACCGACUCUUCCAAUUUUGAGGCAGAGGGUUCUGGAAGGAAGAUUCCGGAUUCCAUAUUUCAUGUCAGAAGAUUGUGAGCACCUCAUUCGCAGGAUGUUGGUCCUAGACCCAUCCAAACGGCUAACCAUAGCUCAAAUCAAGGAGCAUAAAUGGAUGCUAGUAGAAGUUCCAGUACAGAGACCUGUUCUCUAUCCACAAGGUCAAGAAAAUGAGCCAUCCAUUGGGGAGUUUAAUGAGCAGGUUCUGCGACUGAUGCACAGCCUUGGAAUAGAUCAACAGAAAACCAUUGAGUCUUUACAGAACAAGAGCUAUAACCACUUUGCUGCCAUUUAUUACUUGUUGGUGGAGCGCCUGAAGUCACACAGGAGCAGUUUUCCUGUGGAGCAGAGACUUGACGCCCGCCAGCGUCGGCCCAGCACCAUUGCCGAACAAACAGUUGCCAAGGCACAAACUGUGGGACUGCCAGUGAACAUACAUUCACCGAGCAUGAGACUGAUGAGAUCCACCCUCCUCUCACAGGCACCCAAUGUGGAGGCCUUUUCAUUUCCAGCCUCUGGCUGUCAGGCAGAGGCAGCGUUUAUGGAAGAAGAGUGUGUUGAUACUCCAAAGGUAAAUGGCUGUUUGCUUGACCCUGUGCCCCCUGUCCUGGUGAGGAAAGGAUGCCAGUCAUUGCCCAGCAACAUGAUGGAGACCUCCAUCGAUGAAGGGCUGGAGACCGAAGGAGAGGCCGAAGAGGAGCCCAGCCACGCCUUCGAAGCGUUUCAGUCCACACGCAGCGGGCAGAGACGGCACACUCUGUCAGAAGUGACCAAUCAGCUGGUCGUGGUGCCUGGCUCAGGGAAAAUUUUCUCCAUGAGUGACAACCCCUCCCUCGACAGUGUGGACUCUGAGUAUGAUAUGGGGUCUCUUCAGAGGGACCUGAACUUUCUGGAGGACAACCCUUCCCUUAAGGACAUCAUGUUAGCCAAUCACCCCUCACCCCGCUUCAUAAGCCUGAGACCUGCCAACCCAGCCAUGCAGGCACUGAGCUCCCAGAAACGAGAGGCCCACAACAGGUCACCAGUGAGCUUCCGUGAGGGCCGCCGGGCAUCAGAUACCUCCCUCACCCAAGGAAUUGUAGCAUUUAGACAACAUCUUCAGAAUCUGGCUAGAACCAAAGGAAUCCUAGAGUUGAACAAAGUGCAGUUGCUGUAUGAACAAAUAGGAUCCGAGGCUGACCCUAACUUGGCAUCAGCUGCUCCUCAGCUCCAAGACCUUGCUGGCAGCUGCCCUCAGGAGGAAGUUUCUCAGCAGCAGGAAAGUGUCUCUGGUCUCCCUAACAGCAUGCAUCCUCAGCUUGCCCGGCGGCAAAGCCUGGAAACCCAGUACCUGCAGCACAGACUCCAGAAGCCCAGCCUUCUGUCAAAGACCCAGAACACCUGUCAGCUUUACUGUAAAGAACCACCCCGGAGCCUUGAACAGCAGCUUCAAGAACACAGGCUCCAACAGAAACGACUCUUCCUCCAGAAGCAGUCUCAGCUGCAGGCAUACUUUAACCAGAUGCAGAUAGCAGAGAGCUCCUACCCACAGCCCAGUCAGCAGCUACCCCUUCCCCACCAGGAGAGCCCCCCACCGCCACAGCAGCCGCCGCCGUUCAGCCUGGCCCAGCCCCUGAGCCCCGUCCUGGAGCCUUCUUCGGAGCAGAUGCAGUACAGCCCUUUCCUCAGGCAGUACCAGGAGAUGCAGCUGCAGCCCCUGCCCUCUGCGCCAGGCCCCCGUGCUCCUCCUCCGCUGCCAACACAGUUGCAGCAGCAGCAGCCGCCGCCACCACCUCCUCCACCACCGCAACAGCCCGGAGCUGCCCCACCACCCUUACCGUUCUCGUAUCAGACUUGUGAACUGCCGAGUGCCGCUUCCCCUGAGCCAGACUACCCUACUCCCUGUCAAUAUUCGAUGGACGGAGCCCAGCCGAGCGGCAUAGCAGUGCCAGACUGUCCCAGGAGCUCAGGGCUGCAGGAGGCUCCCUCCAGCUACGACCGUUUAGCCCUCUCUGAGUUACCUGGACUCUUUGAUUGUGAAAUGCUGGAGGCUGUGGAUCCACAGCACAGUGGGUAUGUCCUGGUGAAUUAAUCUCAGCACAGGAGGUGAGGUGGGUCAAAUGAAGGAAGAGUGUGUAUUUCUAUUUUUAUUCCAGCCUUUUAAAUUUAAAGCUUAUUUUCUUGCCCUGUCCCUAAUGGGGGAAAAUCAGGUUGCCCAACUGGAAUCAGAGGGCCUGGCUGGGGUGGAAGUCGGUUCCUCCUGGCUGUGUCCCACCACAGAGUUUUCUGUGGCAAGUGCUGGAACAUAGCUGUAGGCUGAAGGUCGUGCCCUUCGGUCAAGUGGAGCAAGCCUUCAAGGGAGGCACCAACACAUGUUUUUAUAAGAAGAUAUUCAGACCUAGGUUUUAUGCAGAAUUAUACCAGUUCAUAUCGAGGGAAAGACCUGGUGAAAGCAGGAAAAAUGUGUGCCAUUGCAUAUAUAUAGGCAAAAAAAAAGGCAAUAUAUUUUUCACUGAAGAGAGCAACGACAUGUAAGAAGCUUAAAGGCAAAUCCACAAUGCAUAAUGGGACUUGAUGCACAGGAAAGUUGUACUUUGUCAUUGAAUUAUACGUUCGAAGCUGCUGAUGGAAGUUGUUCCCAAGGCUGUCGCAAAGCAGUGGAUCAUGAGCUUUGUUUCAGGGGCCACUAAAUGAGUUGGUACUGACCUGAGACUGACAGUCGCCUUUUGUGGGAACAGGCGACACACCUCUUCAGAAGGUGCCCCUGGGUUACAUGGUGUCAGUGUGUGUACUCAGAGCCCCAAAGAUGUCACCUGUGGAACCAGCAGGAGAUCCACUGCAGCGGGGGCAAGAAACUGCAGAAACCAUGAAAAGCACCAGCCCGGGGAGACGGGCUGGUCCUGACUGGUCUCUUGUAGAGACUUCUGGUUUUGGAGCAGUUGGUCUCUAGAGGACCUGUUGUCUCUUUUAAAAUGUAAUAACUACUUUGACUUUACACUAUAUGUUGCUAGUAGUUUAUUGAGCUUUGUAUAUUUGGACAGUUUGAUAUAGGGCUUAGAAAUUUUAAGGACAAGGAAAAUGAACUUUUAUCUCCCAUGUGAAGUGGUAGUGCUGUGCCUUUUCUCCCCAGACCAUGCUUUAAUUCUUUCUUUUCUGUAGAAACCAACAGUUUUCCAUUUAUGUCAAUGCUAAAUCCAAAGUCACUUCAGAGUUUGUUUUCCACCGUGUGGGAAUUAGCAUUCUUAAUUUCCCUAAAGUUUUGACUUGUAAUGAAAUGUUGAAGUAUUACAGCAAUAUUCAAAGAACCACAAAUGUGUUAACCAGUUUAGCAGAUCAUCUGCCACACAUUUUAUUACUAGUAAAACUUAACCUUAUCCCUUACAAUUCAUGAAAGUUAAAAAAAAAAAAAAAAAAA